AUGGCUACCGGGGAGGAGGGAGAUCGCCUUAUGGAUCGCCUCAAUGAGUUCAGGAAGUGUAAUCCUCGAAUAUUUGAUGGAGAGAAAGCCGAACACUGGAUCGUAGAAAAGUGGUUGAUGCAUAUGGAGAAGUUGUUCUACGACACUUUUGUCGAGAAGAGGGACAAAGUUUGGCUGGCCACUCACCACCUUGACGGCGAGGCCUACCGUUGGUGGAUGGAUAUCCAAGAUAAUUCCAACAUCGAUCUAUCAGCAAUCACAUGGAAGCGGUUUAAGGAGCUGUUGCUGGCGGCUUACUUCCCGGAGAGCGUCAAGAGACAAAUGGAACGGGAUUUGCACAACUUGUGCCAAGGAGACCGGACUAUGGCCGAGUACGAGCAGGAGUUCUCCCAACUCUUGCAUUACGUGCCUUUCGUCGUGCGGGACGAUGAAGACAAGGCCCAUAUUUUUGAGAUGGUCCUCCGACCGUCGAUUUUCCGCUUCGUGCAGUCAUCUAACUUGCAGACCUAUCUAGAUGUGGUGAACCGCGCGCUUAUAGUGGAGAGGGGCGCGGCGGAUGUGCAGGAGCAAAGAGAAGGCUUAGACAAGGGUAAAGAUAGAUUCGUCGUGGUGUUCAUCGAUGACAUAUAUGUUUAUUCCCAAAGUGACGAGGAUCAUGAAGAGCAUUUGAGACCGGAUGGAAAUGUGAUCACGUAUGCUUCUCGCCAGUUGAAGGAUUAUGAAAGAAAUUAUCCUACCCACGACUUAGAGUUGGCGGCUAAUGAGUUGAACUUAAGACAGCGUAGAUGGCUAGAGCUGCUCAAGGAUUAUGACUUGACGAUUCUUUAUCACCCGGGCAAGGCUAACGUGGUAGCGGAUGCUCUGAGCCGGAAAUCAACAGAAAAUUUGGCAAUGAUAAAAGAAAAGAAAGUUUACGACGUAGAAUUGCAAAAGAUUUGGGCUAAAAUGGUUGAUGAUUACACUGGUGAUUUUCAUGUGGAUGACAAAGGACUGUUUUGCUUCCACGAUCGGAUUUGUGUACCAGCGGAAUCAGGAAUUAAAGAAGACAUUCUUUUUGAAGCUCACCGUGCAUCUUCUGUGUAA